ACGUGGUGCAGGCCAGGGGGCGGGGCUCCCGCGGCGCGUCACUUCCGUUUUUCUCGUGGUGCGGAGGAGCCGCGCGUGGAGCAGGACAAUGCCUAAAUCAAAGGAACUUGUGUCUUCAAGCUCAUCUGCCAGUGAUUCAGAUAGUGAAGUUGACAAAAAGGCAAAGAGGAAAAAGCAAGCAGCUCCAGAAAAGCCCGUAAAGAAACAAAAGACCGGUGAAAGUUCAAAAGGCGCAGCUUCUUCUAAGCAAAGCAGUAACAGAGAUGAGAAUAUGUUUCAGAUUGGCAAAAUGAGGUAUGUCAGUGUUCGUGACUUUAAAGGAAAAGUCUUAAUUGAUAUUAGAGAAUAUUGGAUGGAUCAAGAAGGUGAAAUGAAGCCUGGCAGAAAAGGUAUUUCUUUAAAUCCAGAACAGUGGAACCAGCUGAAGGAACAGAUUUCUGAUAUUGAUGAUGCAGUAAGAAAACUGUAAAGACAGAGCCAUACUGAAACUUUGAUCACUUUAGUUGUUUUAAGCGGUCUUUUUACAUUGGCUUUUGUUUUCUAAAAUAUUGUUUUCCAAGCUAUUGUAUAUUUGGAUUGCAAAACAAUUUGUAAGAUGAAUACUUUUUUUAUGUGCAUUAAAAGUGUAUUCUGAGUGAGGCUAUUUGUGUAUACUUUACUAAAAGGAAGUGUGUUGCUUUCACCACGUGGUGUAAAAUAAACAAAUCAAAUAAUAUGUAAAGCUUACUUGUUUAUGGCCUUUUGAUUGGAGGUGUUAGCUGAUAAGGCCACCUAAUAGCUUUAGUCUUUUGUUGGUUUCAGCUUAGAUAACAGUUAAUAGGAUUCUGAGGAGUUUUCUUAAUUGUCACCAUUUAAUUUUUUCUUUUGUUUCAUGAUCUUUGGAAUUGCCCUCACAGCUUUCUGCUUUAAGACUUGAUACAAACAGUGAAUACUUGGUAAAACACAUUUUUGUAGAUAAUUUUAAAUACUGUAUUUGCUAUUUUACCCUAUUUAUUCAGAUGUAAACAGUCCUGAGUAUAUAGACUUUUUUGCAUUACUUGCAUGAAGUGUUAUGCUAAACAAUAACACUUGAACACAAGCCACGUGAUAUUUCUUCCCAUUUUUCUAUAGCUUGCUUGACUUAGAAAAUACAGUUAGCCUUUUUCUUGGACCCUAGAUUUUAGAAUGUGAUGCUUAAACUUUUACAGUAAUAGACAUAUACCUCAGAGUGAGAUAGUAUUUAAAAGCUCCAAAUGUGGUUAUUAGUUAGGUACCCUUUUCAAGCUCUGUAUAAAAUUUGUUCUUGAACACAUACUAACUAGUUACACUAUAGAAAAGAACAGUUAGCUUGUCUUGUAGGACUUUUGUUCGUUUGAGAGGAUUGUGUAAACAAUGAUGCUUAAACUAGGCUGUAACACAGGUCUUAACAGUCAAACAGGGUUAAAAUUGCUUCAGCCAAAAUGUCUGGCUAUGAUGCUUCUGCCCUGCCCGCACUGCCUGCCCAGACCUCUCAACUUGGCUUGCUUUGUGUGGCUUACCACGUGCACAGCGGUUUUAUCUUUUGUACAGAAGAUACUGAGCGCUUCUAGUGGAGCGCUGGUACGUAGGGGAUCACGACUAGUGCACUUCACUUGUCAGCCAUGGUUCUGUUCUCAUAAGAGAGGCUUCUGUCCAUGGGAAGCUCUAUUAGAGUAGAUGCUGUCCCAGUUGAAGGGCUUCUUGCUAGGUGUCACAAACAGUGGAAUGGAAAAGGGAAAACACAGUAUUUGAGUAGAACUUGGAGAGAUAGGGGGCAUUCCAGUACACAAGUUAAUGGUGAAAGAUCAAAGUUAGCUGACACAUGGUAACUACUGCGGAAUUGGAGAAGAGUUCAUUUUCUGACUUAAUUCAGUUAAUCAAAGGAAGAAGAUGAAGCAACUUCAUGAAAAUUGACAUUUCAAGACUAUGUAGUCCAUGUAGAACUGAAUUCGUUCAGCUGUAAUUUUCCCAUUUGAUGUUAAAAUUAAUGUAUUUUUAAAAUUUUGUAUAGAUAAACAGGAUUUACUAUUUGCUUAAUUUUGGAAAAUCUUAAUAUAAUUGUUUAUAUUGCAGACAUGCAUGGAAGUGCCAUACACAGGCUAUUGCUGUGCUGCAGAGUUAAUAAUUCAAUGCAAAUAGGUAUUGAAGGGUGAGGAAAGGUGGCUUCAUCAAAUUAAAUAUAUACUAUUUAAUUUAAAUGUGGCAGAUACCUCCACCUGCUUUUUAACUUAACCAUUGUUGACGUAGUACAAAUAAAGUUAAGAUCUGUUUUUGUAUACAAAGCUCAGAAAAUCUGCUUGAGCAUGGAUAAAAAGGUGAAGAUACGUUUUGUGGUAGCAGAUGCAUUUUUGGGCACAACAUUCUUUUUUGAGUGACUCUCAGAGGCAAAUAGGGAUAUUUGGACCAAAUAGUAUAUAUAUUUAGUAUCUGCUAAAAUUCAGAGUAGUGUGAACGAAAUAAAUUGCUUCAGAUCACUAUUGACAGAUUCUCAGUGGUUUGUAUUUGUCGUAUGUGUAUAGAUUUUUUUUGCUUUAAAUCUGAAAUUUUGCAACCAGAUUUCGCCUAUUUUACCUCAAAACUUUAAUGUGGCUAUUUUAAAGUGCAUGAUUAUAUUAGAGGGAAUAUUGGCCUCACUUAGAUUACUGUGGUAGUAAGUCGUUGGAUGGCAAGUGUGUACAGAGUAUGAUAUAAUUCUGUUCAGAAAGGUGGAGAAUUAAAUUAGUUCAUUUGGGAGUAAGUGAAAAAGUCUUAAUAUAGUGAUUAGUUCUCUUGUGGAAGCUGAUGGUAGAAGUGUUGGAAGAAACUGGUAUUUGUUAAUCAAGAACUACUAGUUCCUAUUUAUAGAUAACCCCCUUGCUGAAUUCGUGGUGAUAAUUACUGGAGCUGUUUAUCCCGUUUUACUUGAUCAAACUUGGGGCAGUUUGAUUUUACUUAUCUUUUGUGUUUAAAAAUAGUUUUCCAUCUGCCAGUUAUAUUUCUGCCUGUAAUAAUGAUAAAAUACCAUCUAUUUUACCUGAGCCAAUCUCAAGAUCUGCAUGAAUGUCCUACAAAAAAGGGAACUAACUAGCUAACUGAACCAAUCAGUUUCACAGAUGAACACAAAAUAGGAUAAGCUGAAUUGUGAGGGAAUUCAUUGCACCUCAGAUGACUGAUGUGCUUGUUACUUGAUAAAAAUUUGACAUAUUCAAUGUUACUUUGAAAUAAAUAGUUGGUAGUGAUUUGUCAUGUAGUUGUCUAUGGCUGUAGUCUUUCUAAUUUGAGAAGAAAAUUGAUUUUUUAUUUUUUUUAAGAUUAUUUUCUUGCAGACAAAAUGGUAGUUAGGGUAUGUACAGAAGUGUCCAUGGAAGAAAAUUGUGCAUGUAUGAAAAGGCUGUGUAAUAAAUAGGGGAUAAAAACACUGCUUCCUUCCUCAUUGAAGUGGUGAAAGAUGCAUUUGAUUCUUCAUGUUUAUGCAGGGCAUAUUAGCAAUAUGUUUUAUAAAUUAAAUUUAACAAUGGAGUUUAGGAGGAAAAAUACAUCACAGAGCUGCCAAAGUACUACAUGUGUGAUAAAUCAAGCUGUCAUGUAUGAUGUUGCUCUUAUGUAGAGAUGUUCAUACUGAAAUUAAGCAAACGCAGUACUAAGUUUGAUAUUUCUGUUAAAGGAAACGCCCCAGUUAAGUACUACUUAUGUGAUCUGUUAGCAAAAAAAAAUGGAUGAUUGUAAUUCUGGUAACUCAAAUGUCAUAUUGUUAACUGUGUGGAAUGUUUCAUGUUUUGCUCUGGUGGUAUCUACUGCAGAGAGGCCACUGGAAAUAUGAGCCCUCCAACUGUAAUUACCUUAAUGUUCAAAUAAAAAAUAGUUAAAUGACAUACGUGUAACAACAGUUUGAACACUUGGAAAUAAACAAAGACUUCUGUUGA